ACCAACUUUUCUUAAUCAAUUAGAAUCCGAAUGGCCAAUUACUAAUUUUAAUUACAAAGACUUGCCUGAAAUAAAAUCUGCUGUUGUAAUUAAUUCAACUGAACCUAUUAUAAAAAUAGAAAAUUAUUCAUCCUUCUCAAAAGUACAAAGAACCAUUGCUUAUGUCAAACGUUUUAUCUAUAAUUUAAAAAAUGCGACUAACAGACAUACUGGUUAUUUAAGUACUAAAGAAUUAAAUGAGGCUUUUUUCUUUCUGUGUGGCAUCGCUCAACAACAGAGUUUUCCACAAGAAUUAAAUACUUUGGCCAAUAAAUGCAGCCUAAGUCCUAAAUGUAAAAUUUUAUCUUUGGCGCCUUUUCUAGAUAAUUUAAAUUUGAUUAGAGUAGGUGGAAGGAUAGAUGCGUCAGAUUAUAAAUUUGAUAAAAGACAUCCAAUAUUGUUAGAUUCGUCUCACCAUUUAACUAAAUUACUUUUUAAUCGUGAACACAUAGCUAAUCUUCAUGCAGGUCCUCAGCUUUUAGUGUCAAUUGUGAGAGAACGAAUAUGGCCUUUAAAUGGAAGGCGUCUAGCACGACGCACAGUCUACAACUGUGUUCGAUGUAGACGAAUUCAGGGUAAAACUUUGUAUCCAAAAAUGGGUGAUUUGCCAUUACAAAGAGUUACAGCUGAUUUCCCUUUCCUCUCCGUUGGCAUAGAUUUUGCGGGACAUUUCCUAAUUUUAAAUCGCAAGGGACGAGGUGCUAAGACAAUAAAAUGUUAUUUAUGUCUCUUUGUUUGUCUACGUUACAAGUGUAUACAUCUAGAAGCCGUUAGCGACUUGUCAAAGGAUGCCUUUAUUAUGACACUUCGAAGAUUUGUUGCGCGUCGUGGUAAGCCCAUCGAUUUUUUUUGCGACAAUGGCCGUAAUUUCGUAGCUGCGGCUAAAGAAAUCGUUUCAUUUUUAAAAUAUAUUGCUGAACCUAUAUCUGAUUAUGCGGCUCAGGAGGGUAUAAAGUUUAAUUUUUCGCCAUCGUAUGCUCCUCAUUUUGGCGGCAUUUGGGAGGCUGGAGUAAAAUCGGCAAAACAUCAUAUUAGGCGCGUUAUGGGAAACUCGUAUCUAACGUUUGAAGAGAUAUCUACUCUCUUUGCGCAAAUUGAAGCCGUCCUUAAUAGUCGUCCUCUUUGUCCCUUAUCCUCAUCUCCUCACGACUACCUUCCGCUCACUCCAGGGCACUUCCUUAUUGGAAGACCACUACGUGCAAUACCAGUAUCUGAAUCUAUUUUAGCGAAUGUUAACGAAACCCAAUUAAGCAGAUAUGCACGUGUUGAACUUAUACGCAAACACUUUUGGCAAAGAUGGCAAAGGGAAUAUUUGGGCGAAUUGCAACAGCGUGUUAAAUGGAAAACUAAUAUGUCUAAAUUAAAUGUAAACGACCUUGUUCUGUUACAAGAGGACAACACGCCACCACUAUCUUGGCGCCUUGGACGAGUUCUUCGAUUAUUUCCUGGAUCAGAUGGUAUCUCCCGAGUCGCGGACAUCUCUACUACAACCGGUUGCGUAAGGCGGCCGCUAGUGCGACUCUGCCCGAUACCUACUGUGGACGAUCUAAAGGCGGGGAAGAUGUUACGGCUUCAGGAAGCGCCUACUAAAUAAAUAUAGCAAUUCCGCAUACACUAAUUCAUUUUACAUUACUUUUAAUUUUUUACCUACCUACAUAAAUAUUUUUGUUUUUAUAUAACUUUUUACUAUCGAACGAACGCUGUGUCUCUGUAUCAAAAGUGAAUAAUAUACUUUUACUCCGAG